UCCGUGCCCUCCAGCCAUGGCCACUCUGGUGAUGUCUCGGGAGGAGAAGCUGAGCCAGGAUGAGAUCGUGCUGGGCACCAAGGCCGUCAUCCAGGGGCUGGAGACCCUGAGGGGCGAGCACCGGGCCCUGCUGGCCUCCCUGCUGGAGAAUGUGGCCGGGAGGGAGGAGGCGGAGCCGGGAGCCCAGGAACGCUCAGGGCUCCUACGCCGAUCCCUGGAGGCCAUCGAGCUGGGACUUGGGGAGGCUCAGGUGAUCCUGGCACUCUCGGGCCACCUCGGGGCAGUGGAGUCCGAGAAACAAAAACUCAGGGCCCAGGUGAGACGCCUGGUGCAGGAGAACCAGUGGCUGCGGGAGGAGCUGGCUGGGACCCAGCAGAAGCUGCAGCGCAGUGAGCAGGCCGUGGUGCAGCUGGAGGAGGAAAAGCAGCAUCUACUCUUCAUGAGCCAAAUCCGGAAGCUGGAUGAGGACCCUUCCCCAAGUGAAGAGAAGGGAGAUGUUUCCAAGGAUUCCCUGGAUGACCUAUUCCCCAAUGAGGAUGAACAGAACCCAGCUCAGGGCCCUGGGGGAGGAGAUGUAGCUGCCCAACACGGAGGCUAUGAGAUACCAGCCCGGCUCCGGACCUUGCACAACUUGGUGAUUCAGUAUGCCUCCCAGGGGCGCUAUGAGGUGGCUGUGCCCCUCUGUAAGCAGGCCCUGGAGGACUUGGAGAAAACCUCAGGCCACGACCACCCUGAUGUGGCCACCAUGCUGAACAUCUUGGCUCUUGUUUACCGAGAUCAAAAUAAAUACAAAGAAGCUGCCCACUUGCUCAAUGAUGCCCUAGCUAUCCGGGAGAAGACCUUGGGGAAGGACCAUCCAGCUGUGGCAGCUACUUUGAACAACCUGGCAGUUCUGUAUGGCAAAAGGGGCAAGUACAAGGAAGCAGAACCCUUGUGUAAACGAGCUCUGGAGAUCCGAGAGAAGGUAUUGGGCAAAUUCCACCCCGAUGUGGCCAAGCAGUUGAAUAACCUGGCCCUGCUGUGUCAGAACCAGGGCAAGGCAGAAGAGGUGGAGUACUACUACCGGCGGGCUUUGGAGAUCUAUGAAGCUCGGCUGGGCCCAGAUGACCCCAAUGUGGCCAAGACCAAGAACAAUUUGGCCUCUUGCUAUCUGAAGCAGGGGAAAUACCAAGAUGCAGAAACACUCUAUAAGGAGAUCCUGACCCGAGCCCAUGAGAAGGAGUUUGGCUCAGUCAAUGGCAAGUGGUCCCCUGCCCCCAGCCUAUCCAGAGACAACAAGCCCAUCUGGAUGCAUGCUGAAGAACGGGAAGAGAGCAAGGAUAAGCGCCGAGACACCACACCUUAUGGAGAAUAUGGCAGUUGGUAUAAGGCUUGUAAAGUGGAUAGUCCCACAGUGAACACCACACUUCGGAGCCUAGGGGCACUCUACCGACGGCAGGGGAAGAUGGAGGCGGCUCACACCCUGGAGGACUGUGCCAGUCGAAGUCGAAAGCAGGGCCUGGAUGCUGCAAGCCAGACCAAGGUGGUGGAACUGCUGAAAGAUGGCAGCAGUGGGCGAGGUGAUCGCCGGAGCAGCCGAGAGGGCACCGGAGGGGCUGGAUCUCGGACUGAACUGGAGCCAGAAGAUUCAGGGCCCACAGCUGAGUGGUCUGGGGAUGGCAGUGGUUCUCUCCGGAGAAGUGGCUCCUUUGGGAAACUCCGAGAUGCCCUGAGGCGAAGCAGUGAGAUGCUCGUGAAGAAGCUUCAGGGGGGAGGCCCCCAAGAGCCUCCCAACCCCCGGAUGAAACGGGCCAGUUCCCUCAACUUCCUCAACAAGGGCACAGAGGAAGCCAACCAGUCCAGCAACACCAACUUGUCCGACAGUCGCAUGCUCAGUUCCAGCUCUCUUGACCUCUCCCGACGGAGCUCACUCAUUGGCUAAGAGGGAGGGGUGGGAAGGGGGCCUAACCUGGGACAUCCUCGGCCUGCCCCAUAUGCUGUGCCCUCCCCGGCUGCUUGUCACGUCCCAUAGGAUGGGGGGCUGCAGGGGAAGACCUGAGCAUCAGCUUUCCUCUGGCCUACUUCAGCCACCCUUCCCCUGAAGGCUGUUUCCCACAGGCCCCUUCCCCAUCUUUUUUUGUUCGAUCUCAGGGUAACCUCUCCCCAUCAUUUCAGGCUUAGCAGCUUAAGGUUCACUCCCCCCGCCCCAGUCUAGCACGGUUAGUCACCCAGCCUAGAAGUGUCAUGUUGUUGAAGGAGUGUAGAAAGGAGCCAGGAUUUUCCCCUGUGUAUUUAUUUCCCUCUUCCCUUCCCCUAGAGCCUCCUCAGGGCCCUGGCAAAACUUCCCAAAGCAGUCCCAGCCCCUGGCACUGAGAGGAUCCUCCCACCCCUCCCUGAGGUCUCCCAGAAGGGAGAACAAAAACACUAAGGAUCUUCCUCCUCCCUUCCAUAGGCCUCUGCUUCUGUAUAUAGAGAAAUAAGUUAUUGGCCACCCCCUUCUUACCCCUUGCACCCCCUGGCCAGUGAUGAGCCGCUCUGCCCUGUCCAUGGUACCUCCUCUGGCCCUUUCCCUCUUCCCUUCCAGGGUUGCCACCCAGGCCUUAAUCCCUUGCAGACAAGGUCUUGGACACACAUACGUACAGAAAUAUGCCCGUGCCCUUCCUAAAUGAUUGAAGGCUGCCUUCUGGACCCCUCACCCCACUCGGGUGUGGGACUGAGGCUCUGGCCCCUGGCCCCCAUCAGUGUUUGCAGCCCCAAGUCCCUUCUUUGUCUACUGUGGCUGACACUGCUCUCCAUUUUCCCAUUUUGGUUCCCCCAGUGGCAGUGCCUGGGCCUUAAACAGGCUCCCUGGGAGCUAUAUUCCAGGUACUGCCUAUUCCUUCCCUGCCUUCCCCACUGCCCCUCCCCUUCCGAGGUACCACCUGCUGAGCCAUUCCUUCCCCUCCUACACCCAUGGCUUCUGAUGCUUCCAAUUCCUCCUCCUCCUCCUUUUCCUCCUCGGUGGAGGGAGGGGGCUGCACUCCCCUCCCUUAGCUGGGAGGGGGCCAGGGUGAGGUGGGGGACCCAUUUGCUUUGUUCAGAUGUUGCUGUAGAAAUAAUAAAGACAGUUUGAAUCCAAA